AUGGUUGACUUGGAUCAAUGCCUGGAACAGUCAUACGAGGGAAAGCUGCUUUCAGAAAUUGUUGUUGAGCAACUGUGUUUUAGCUUUAAGGAACUCUUGAUCAAAGACCCCAAUGUACUUCAUAUGAGAACACCUGUUACGGUAGUGGGAGAUAUACACGGUCAAUUCUAUGACCUACUUGAAAUUUUCAAGAUCGGGGGCACACCUCCACAGACUAACUAUUUAUUCCUCGGUGAUUACGUCGAUAGAGGAUUUCAUUCCGUGGAAACUAUUAUUAUACUAAUCAUACUAAAACUGAAAUAUCCCAGUCGGAUUCAUCUGAUACGAGGAAACCACGAAUCGAGACAAAUCACCCUAAAUUAUGGGUUUUAUACAGAAUGCCUCACCAAGUAUGGCGGGAGUUCUCGUGUUUGGGAACUAAUAACAGAUACUUUUGAUUAUUUGAUUCUUUCGGUGAUAAUAGACGAUAGCAUAUUUUGCAUUCAUGGAGGACUCUCUCCCAACAUACAAAGCAUUGAAUCAAUUAAGGUGAUCGACCGGUACAAAGAAAUCCCCCACGAGGGACCGAUGGCAGAUCUCGUGUGGUCUGACCCAGAUAUAGAAUUGCUCAAUUUCCAAAUUUCUUCACGUGGAGCUGGCUAUCAAUUUGGAUUAAAUGUGGUUAAUAAGUUUCUGUCAGAGAAUAAAUUUGACAAGAUAAUCAGAGCUCACCAGCUCUGUAAUGAGGGAUAUCAAUUGCAUUGGGGUGGAAAGGUAGUAACCGUAUGGUCUGCACCUAACUAUUGCUAUAGAUGUGGGAAUAUGGCGUCAAUAAUGGAGAUAUUCGACUCGUUCAAUGGGCCCGAAAGUUCUAGGUUCAAUAUAUUUGAUGCUUCUCCUAGCAGUAAUCAAGAAUACUUAAAAUUCAUAGGCUCCGGAAUGGUCGACCCGUCUAAUCAUCAACAAGAUCCAGAUGAACUGGAUGAAGAAUCACAGAAAAGAAAAGAAUUUGAUGACCAAUUCUUUAACGAGUAUUUCAACGGCAUUCCUAAAGAGCUGGAUAGAAAGGCUCCUCAGGUAGAAUAUUUCUUGUGA